AGAAAACGUAAUUCAUAUACUACCGUUUUAUCCAAAUUUCAUUGUAUUCAUCUUCUUUCUUUACCACCAAAGAAAUUUUUAUUUCCAUGCUGUCGAAAUAGUCUAGCCGAAAUUCGUUCAUUUCAGAAAAGAGCUGAGGCUAAUACAUGACCUUUUUGUGUGAACGCCAUAGCUGACCGACUGAGAAUAGACAAAGAAAUAUGUUAUUCUAAUGAAAGAUUUCACGGUAAAGAGUUUGCUGAAACAAUUUUGUUAAAUUUCUGAGAAAGAAAAUCGCGUUUUAGGACGCGUAAGUGGUACUUUUGACCAGUCAAAAGACUCUUUGUUUUUCCCUCCAAAAUUCAACAUUCAACAUGCCGCUUCUACGAAGACAGCCUUUCAUAAGAGAAAAUCCACCACCGGAUCUUGAGCCUGAUGCCGAAGUAUUUUAUUGUCGAAUUACCAAAGAAGUUUUCACAGAUUAUGAGAAUUUUUUUGAAAGAAUAAUUCUGUGUAACAGUUUGGUAUGGUCUUGUUCUAUUACUGGACGAUCUGGAUUAACAUACCAGGAAGCGGUUGAGUGUGAAGAGAAGGCCAGAAAAAACUUAUCAUCGUUUCCUCGUCAUCUGCAGAAACCAGUUCUGUUUUUGGCCACUAAAACACAUCGCAGUCGACUUAACGAUCUAAAUGAUGACAUCUUUAUUUUUACUAAAGACAGAUAUUUUGUUAGUGAAGUGGUUGAUGUUGUUAUGCAACAAAUUAGACGUACAUGUGAAAUUAUUAAAGUUAUUCCACCACCAGUCAAUAGUAGAAAGAAUGGAGAUGUUAUUGUCAUUGAUGGCGAAGAUGACGAAAGUAAUGACAGUGAGCCAGUCGAUAAACCAAAUAUGGGUCCAAAUGCUCAGAGGUUUAAAUAUGUUGUUAAAGAAAAGACAGGAGGAGCUACUUCAACUGUUAAAGCAGCUCAAGUCAGUCGAAAAAGAAGUUUGUAUACAAGAGAUAAGAACAAGUUGUUUUUAAAACUACACUGUGAACCUGUUGAUGGCAUGUGGAAAGUCAAGGAGGAAGCUAUACAGAAAUUUAAAUUACAAAGCUAUAGUUUUGGGGAUUUCUUUGCUGGACCUUUGCCAUGCUUUGCUUCAACUGUCCUCAAAAAGAAGGCUGCAUUGAAAAGAUCUGAAUCUAGUAAAAAUGAGGGACCAGCACCCAAGAGGUCCAAAUCUAAAUCAAAAGAUAUUUCAAAAGAUCUUGCACCUAAACCAAAUCCAUUCCUGGCUGAAUUUGGAGUAGAUCAAGCAACAUUUAUGAACUUAACCCCAGAAGAGAGAGUUGAGUUAAAAGAAAAGGUUAAAGAAGAGAAGUUGGCUGAGAAGAUGGCCAAGAAGGAAGAAAUGAGAAAGAAAAUGGAAGAAAUAAGAAAUAAAAGAAAGGAAGAAAAGGCCAAGGAAAGAGAAGAACAAAGGAAGGAGAAAUUACAGCAAUUAGAAAUUAUGAGAGAAUAUAACCGAGUUAGAGAAGAUCUGGAAUGUGAUGAUCUAAAGCUGAUGCCAGAGUUUACACCAAUAUCAACUAGAUUAUCAAGUGAACUAUUUGGUGAAGCCAUACAUGUUUUGGAAUUUACUCAUUGUUUUAAAAGCAUGUUUGACUUCAAACAAUUCUUUCCUAAAGGUUUUACAUAUGUAAUGUUAGAAUCAGCACUGUUAGAUAAUGAUACUGAUGGACCGCUAUGUGAUUUACUACAGAUGUUAUUAGUAGCUAUAUUUACUCUACAAGAAGAAGAAGCCGAAGAAGUUUCUGAACUCGAGAAUCAACUUAGUUCUAAUGCUAGAGAAGAAGAUAGAAUAGCUGAAUCAUUAUCUAAUCAACUAAUAGACCAAGCUACAGUUAUAGCUAAAAUACCUCAACAAACACAUGGUAUGCCUCUAAAGAAAAUGGUGCUGGAUCAAUUCACUCUAUCUGAGAUAUUACGACUACACUUGAUGUCUGCAGGAUCAAAAACAACCGUUAAAAAUGCUAGAUUCCGUUAUCAACAACGGGGUGGUUACACAUCGCAAGAUGAUCCUGGGUUAGAUCUGAAGAUAUCAGAUUUAGAUUUAUUAAAAUCAUUGUCUGUAGAAAAUGUCUAUGAUCUUCUUCCAGUCCAGAAAUUAAAACUGAUAAACACAUUGCUGCAACAGAUAUUAUCAUACGCUGCUAUUCGUGAUUUAAUUGAUGAAAGUCAGGAAAAGUUAAGAACAAUGAGAUAUGAUUUAAAACAACUACAGUGGGCUGAACAACGAAGAGAGCGAGAAGAAGCUGGUGCCAGAUAUAGACAGAAACAAGAAGAAAGAAUGAAGGAAAGAGAAAAAAGAAUGAAGAUGCUUUUGGAGAAAGAACAAAAUUUAAAAGCUAAAGGGACCAGUGAAGAAGGAAAUAUUACCGACCAAAAUGAAAACAAAAUGGAAGAUGAAGUGACUGAGGAAGAAAAAGAGGCUCAAAGAAUAAAGGAACAAGAAAAAGAAGCUAAAAAGAAGGCAGAAUUUUAUAAGAAGGAAGCUGAUUUUAUGAGUAAUUUAUUAGAAGUACAACAGAUGAAUGCUAUAUAUCCAUUAGGUAGAGAUAGAAUGUACAGGCGAUAUUGGAUAUUUAGAAGUAUGCAAGGGAUAUUUGUAGAAGAUAGUGAAUUAUAUCUAGGGGAUGCAGAGAUCAUUCCAGGAUAUCAGAAUCCAAAUGGGUUUGACCCAAAUAUCAGUGACGACAAAAUUCCAUGUCUGGAACUUGAGGGCGAUAAAAAUAACACUAGUAGUGAUAAAGAAAAUGACUUGUGUCCCGAAAACGCAGCCAAUGGCAAGGGAGAAAACUGUAUUGUUAUCAGUGAUGAUGAAAGUAAAUCUAGUGAUGCCGUUAUUUUAGAUGCACCUCCCGUCAUAGAUAGUGUGGCAGCUAAACAAAUCAUGGAACGGCCAAAAUGUCCCUGGGCAUUUGUGGCUCCAGGUAAAUUGGACCAACUAUUAGACUGCUUAAAUUCACGGGGGGUUCGAGAAAGUGGUCUUAAACAAAAUAUCAUGGAAUUGAAACCAGUUAUAAGUAAAUCAUUAGACAGUUGUCCCACCGAUGAGUUGUGUUUAUCCAGUGAAAAUGUAGAAGAGGCCAGAUUAAAAGCGUUAUCAUUAACACGUGGUAUCGCCAGUAAAAAGGCAGCUCAAGACACAGUCAAAAGAGAAACGGCAGAAAUGGAAAUUGAACUAAAUCUUCGAGAUGCCAUAUUGGACCUAGAAGAGAGAAUGUUUUGUGGUAGUUUAGGUUUUGUGAAGGUUGCUGAUAGAUUUGCAUGGAGAAGUCAGAUACAGUCUACUGAAUUUAAACACGGGUUAAUUAAUGGUGAUAAUACUAAUAAUGAAGAUUCUGAAACUGUGGAAGGUUGUAAAGUAAAAGAAUUACGUAAAGCUUUGUAUGAUAUAUCAGAAGGUGUUGAUCAUAGAUAUCUAUCACAACCUCUUAAAGAAGGUGACCCUAAAAAGAAAGGAUCGGCUAAAGAUAGAAAGAAGAAAAAGGUAAAAGAAGAAGAAAAGAAUGAUGGAGAAGACAGUGAUGAUAGUAAAGAAGAAGAUAAGAAGAAAGGUUUAUUUGAUAAAUGGCAGGAAUCACUGUUAAAUGUAACUAGUUUAUCUCAGAUCUGUCUACAUUUAUCUACAUUUGAGAAGAGUGUUAUGUGGGGUAAAUCAGCUCUACAUGCUCGAUGUCGUAUAUGUCGACGUAAAGGUAAUGAAGAAAGAAUGUUAUUAUGUGAUGGAUGUGAUCGAGGUCAUCAUAUGGAUUGCUUAAAACCACCAGUAAAGAAAGUACCUGUUGGUGAUUGGUACUGUCCUAACUGUCGACCUAAAGAAGUUAUACGCAGUCCUCGUAAAGGUAGAAGACAGACAUUUACAGAAGAGGAAGAUGAUAAGGAAGAGGAGGAAGAAGAAGAAGAAGAGGAGGAGGAGGAGGAAGACGAAGAAGCAGAGGAUGGUGAUGAAGAAGAAGAAGAAGAAGAAGAAAGUAGUGACGUUGAUGAAGAAAGUGAAGAAGAAAAUGAAGAGGACAUGUCAAUAGAAGAAGGAGAUGAUAAUGAUAAUGUUUGUUCUGUCUGUAAUAAGCAAGGCAUGUUGAUAUGUUGUGAUUGUUGUCCUAAAUCUUAUCAUCUUACAUGUGCUCAACCUCCAUUAAAGAAAAUUCCACGUGGAAAAUGGAUGUGCCAGAAUUGUCUUGGUUUAAAUAAAGUUGGAAAAGUUAAAAUCGGCAAGAAAGUCAACUCCAAAUCUAGUCUAUCUGUACUUUCGAGGGAUAGUCCAAGACACAGUCCAGCUUCUACACCAAGAUCCUCAACUAAAGGUGAUUCAGAUGAUGAGACACCAUCUAGAUCCACUAAAUCAAAACGUACUACACCUAGAUCCCAAACAGAAGAUAGUGGUAAAAAAAGUAAAAGUAGUACCAUUAGUCGUGGUAACACUAAAAUACAACAUAUAAAGACAGUAGAAGAACUGGUAUCUGAUUUAAUUAAACAUGAUGAUGCCUGGCCAUUCUUAAAACCUGUCAGUAAAAGAGAGGUACCUGAUUAUUAUAAAGUUAUAAAGGAACCUAUGGAUUUCCAGACAAUCAGAAACAAAAUCCACAAGUUUGAAUAUACAGAACCUAAUCAGAUCCUAGAUGAUAUACGACUUAUCUUCUUCAACUGUGUGGAAUAUAAUAAUCGUAAUACUCCCCAGUAUAAAUCAGGUUCAAUACUAAAUAAAUAUUUCCAAAAACGGGUCAAAGAGCUCGUUAUUGAUGCAGAUGAUUAUACCUCACCGACGGGUAAAAAAUCUAAAAGUCAUUAAUAAAAUGUUAUUGUAAAGUAUAUACAAUGUGUAAAGAUUUUAAUUUAAAUAGUUUUGAGUUAUUUCAUUGUUUAUUUGCUACAUUUAGGCAUGUUAAUAUAACAUUAAGAAUAAAAUGUGUAUGUAGAAAAGA